AUUCAAAUGCAGUCUCACUUUUUCAUAGAUUUUCCAACAGUUAUCAAUUUACCUUUUCCUGGUCAAGGAGGAGGAUUGCAGGGUUUACAGCAGGAAAAUGUAAUAUUUGGAGUAUAGAAGUCGUUAUUUGUUUUGGUAGUUCUUGACUAUUACUUUUGACAAACAAUAGGGAGGCAAUGAAUAUGUAUUUGAAAGUAGCUAUGAUAUUGGAGGUACUCUGUGUUUUUGGCUAACAAAAAGCACAAACUGGUGGACAUUUUUUCUGACCCGAUACCUUUACCGUUUUCUGUGUCACAAGAUUGCAUGCUUAGCUAGGUCAAGAUAUCUGGCUAUAUGUCUAUUAUCAACCAACACCAACCACCAUCCGGGUAGGCCCUAAUUAAUUGUGAACCUGGUGACACCGACUGGGAAGUGGAUGGUGCGGUCCAAUUUAUAAGCACUUAAAUGCUUGGGAGCAAUGCUUCUGGGUAGGAAAAGUGGUUUGCUUUGAAACUUGCACAGGAGAAAAUCAAAACUAAUGAUGAAAGGUGAAGCAACAUCAUAUGGUGCCUCAUCAUGAUGAACAUUUGAAUUGCGGAGUGGUUACUAUUGGUUUCUGAUAUUGCUUUUUCCUACCCAAAAGAAAGAGCAGAAAAGUCAUUCCCAGGCAUUUCUUUAUAAAUUUUUGGCAACACAUGAUACCUUUCUCGCUGUCUCCCUGUGGAGGUUAGAGGACCCUACCAAUUUCUUAGAGCAGAGGGCUAGCAAGAUUCCAAAUUUUCUAUGGUAUAACUCCAUGUUUCAUUUAUAUCUAGCCUAACUCCAUCAGACUCACAAACACUUUGACUGCCUCUUGGAUGGACCACAACUUAAAAAUCUUAGCCAUUGGUUAUGUUACGAACUAAACGCUGAACUUUGUGAGCGCAGACCUUUAUAUAUAUAGAAUGCAAUCAACGAAUGUAACACAGAAAUGCAUGUUGUUCCAAAGCUAAAGCUAGCCAGAAACCUCAAGGCCCUCGGAGGAAAAAUGCCAGGAUUCUGCAUUUUUCCACUUGGCGGGUCAUGCUUCGAUGGAUGCCGCGACCACACUCAAGGCUCAGGAUUCGGCACAAGGAUCUGGAAUCAAAGUGACAGGCCGGUGGAGUUGCAGAUAAGGGUGGGAUCAAUAUUGAAAAAGGUGCAUACUUUAAAGCCAGGGUCUUCAAAGAGACUGAAAUGCAAGAGCAUAUACAAGGCUCAUAUGCCUUGUAAGAACGGCAAGGGAGGUGGAGGAAUGAAGAGCUUGCUGUAUUACUAUGACGAGACAUGCCACCCAUAUGUUUGGGUUCAUGACACUGGGGGUGAUUCCUUGAGAAUGGUCAAGCAACAGUACCUUAGUCUUGAGGACCUUAGGAACUACUCUGAGAUCAGAAUCUUUAGGGACCAUCAGAGAGGCUGCAUAUCAGUUCGCAAGAAACCUAGGCCUGAUUUUUGCUAAAUAUUCUACAAUAUUCAACUGAUGUUAGUUUGAAUAUUUGUGUUGGUAUUGACAGCAAAGUUUGUUUUCUUUGUUCUCUCUCUCUCUCUCUCUCUCUCUUUUCUUUUGAUCUUCUUUUGCUUGGUUGUUUUAUGAAAUAUGAAUGUAUUUGAGGAACUCAGAUGCUACAGUCAUACCGUAGUAUGUACCAAAGUACGUAGUUCUCUGAAUGAAAUAGUGCAGCUGUUGGAUCUGGUUUUCUUACCAGUUU